AUGGAAACCAUGAUGUAUGCUAGUGUCUUUCUGCUCUAUCUCCUGUCUCUGAUGGGCAAUGGGCUCAUCAUUAUGAUGGUAAUCAUGGAUCGCCAUCUCCAGAAACCCAUGUAUUUCUUCCUUAGCAACCUUUCUUUCAUAGACAUUGGACAUACCACAGCCUUUAUUCCUAAACUGUUGCUCAAUUAUCUCUCUGCAAGCAAUUCCAUCUGUUUUUAUUGCUGUGUAAUACAGUUAUGCUUCUAUUUCCUUUUUGGGGUUACUGAAUUUUUCAUCAUCACUUUGAUAUCCCUGGACAGAUACUUAGCCAUUUGCCAUCCUUUGAGAUAUGCCACUAUCAUGACUUCUGGGGUCUGCCUUAAACUAGCAGUAGCAGCCUGGUUUGGAGGCUUUUUGUCCAUUCUUUGUCAGGUUGUAAUGAUUGCAAACCUACCCUACUGCACCUCCAACAUUAUCAAUCAUUUCUUUUGUGACGUGGGACCUGUGUUGAAGAUUGCAGGAGGAGAUAUACGUCUUAUUGAAGCCCUUGGUUUCCUAGUUUCUGUUUUUGUGAUCAUGUCCUCCCUGCUUUUCACCCUGAUUUCUUACCUCUUCAUCAUCUGCACUAUUCUCCGAAUGUCUUCAACCACCAGACAGCAGAGGGCCUUCUCCACGUGUGCUUCCCAUCUCAUAGUAGUUAGCAUUUUGUAUGGAUCAGUGUUUUUUGUCUACUUAAGGCCAACUGUCAAGAACUCUUCCUUCAGGGUAAUGAAGGCUGUCUCCAUUGUGUACACUAUGAUCACCCCUGUGCUCAAUCCUUUCAUCUACACCAUUAGGAACAAUGAAGUGAAAGAGGCUGUGCAGAAAAUGAUAAGAAGAAAGAUUCCUAAAUCUCUAAGUAUUCCCCUGCGUUAA